UAGAUAUAAUUAUAAUAUUAUUAUAAUAUUUGUUAAUGUUUUUACUGAAUAAUGCAUGAUUUUAGAAUCUUAAUUUGUAUUUGGAUAGCCAUUCCGUUCAUCUUCUCAAAAAACGAAAUAUCAGAGGAAGUAAAGGAAACACCUAAAAUUAUUGCAGAGAGAACGAUGGAAGAUUAUCAAAAGUGCCUAAAAGAAGGCAAAAAAAUAUUAGAAGCCGAAGCGGUUCUCGUAACUUACGGAAUGAAAGUUUUAAUGAAAUGUCACUAUUGUGCCCACCCAAACGAAUCAGUAUCGAGAAUUUGGAGAGUAGCUUAUGCAAAAACAGCUACAUACGAAAUUGUAAAAUUGGAUGGAAAACGGACUAGAAUUCUUUCCGAUCUUUCGCUUCUUAUUAUAAAGCCGAAAGAUACAGAUUCUGGAAUGUACUACUGUAAUGCAGAAAAUAAGCUUUAUGCUCGUUAUAAUUUGGAAAUUGUCGAAGAAGAACCGCAUCAUAUUAUUCGACAAAUUAAGAAGAAUUCGUUUCAAUUAAAAAAUGUUACUUUACCGGAUAAAAAUUUAAUCAUUGCAAGUAAGUGGAGUAAUUGGAGUAAAUGUGACAGAUGCGGUAAAGUAGGACGUAGGAGAAGAAUUGGAAUUUGUACUGUUCGAAAAGUGAGAGUAAAUAAGCCAACUUUUCCUGUAAACGAAAAUCUGCUAUCCGUAUAUAGAAAUGGUAUUCCUUGUCGAUCCAAACUUCUACCAAAAGCUAUCAGAAAUUUACAAGAGAUUAAGGAGAGGAAAAGUGAAUUUUUAGUUGGAUUUUGCAAAAAGUCUUGUCCUACUCCACCUCCUAUCGAAUAUGUGACCAACAAAUUAGGUCAAAUAAUCGCAAUCAUAGAUCGAAGCAAAGGGGAAUAUUCUCUUCGUGAUCGUCUUCCUACAGUACCUCCCAUUGUGGCUAGAGAAACGAUUUACCAAAGCGAAGGCAGCUAUUUAAAAUUAGAAUGUCCAGGAAACACAGGCGUUUAUUUGACAUGGAGGAAUGAAUCCUGGGUAUUAAAUCCUAGUUACGUUCAUAUCAAAACAAAAGGAAGAGUUAUGAUCGAUUUUAUAAAUACUCUUCACAUCAGACAACUUCGUGCCUCAGAUACUGCUGUUUACAGUUGUUGGGAAGAUAAUAGAUUAGUCGGAACUGUUCGUUUAUAUGUAACGUCGCCUAUUCCCAGAAAAGAAGUUAGUAUAAGUGCUCUCAACCUAUGCCUUCUUGCCACUUUUCUUGUUAUACUCUAUGUGACAAUCAUGGUAAUCAAAAAUAGAAAGUUGACCGCUGAAGCGUAGUCAUUGUCAUAUUUAAGAAUUUAUUUAUUACAAGAAUGAAUUAUAAAAUGUACAUGAUUAGUAAAUUAACUGAAGAAUUAAAUCAGCAUUCAGAUAAUAAAAGAACGUUUUUUAUAAGUUUAAGAGAUAUA